AUAAUUUAUUUCCUCAUGGGCGUGUAUGUGCUGACAGGAAAAGGUGUACCGGCUUGGAGGCACACUCUUGACUUUCUUGUCUUCUGCCCUCCCUUCAUUCGCAACAUGGAAUUCUGUCGGCUCUGCUUCGUGCUCCUCGCCUUGGUCACUGGUGGUGCUGGGCAGGCGGAUGUAUGUGGCACAGUGUUGGUCAACUCCAGGAUUGUGGGCGGUGAUACGGCACCCGAGGGAGCCUGGCCCUGGCAGGCGAGCUUGCACAGGAAUAACUUCCCCAUAUGCGGAGCAUCGCUGAUCAACAACCAAUGGGUGCUGUGUGCCACUCACUGCUUGCUAAACACACCCACCUCCAGCCUGCUGAUUUAUCUGGGCCGCCAAACCCAGGAGGGCCCCAAUGACAAUGAGCAGGUGCGCGGUGUGGCGCAAAUCAUCCUCCACGAGGACUACGACGAGCGUACCAACGACAACGAUAUUGCCCUGAUGCGGCUCUCCUCGCCUGUCGAGUUCACCACCUUUAUUCGGCCCGUCUGCCUCGCCGCUCCAGGCAGUGACGUCCCAGCCGGAACCGAAGCCUGGGUCACCGGAUGGGGCACGAUAGACAGUGGUGUCCCGCUUCCGUCGCCGCAGGCACUACAGGAAGUGACCGUUCCGGUGGUAUCCAACAGCGACUGCAACGAUGUUUACGGCAUCAUCACCAGCAACAUGAUCUGCGCUGGAACCGAAAAUGGGGGCCGGGACUCAUGUCAGGGGGAUUCAGGCGGUCCGAUGGUGAGUAAAAACGCUACGAGGUGGGUCCAACUCGGCGUGGUGAGCUUUGGACAAGGAUGCGCAUUGCCCGACAUCCCAGGAGUCUAUGCCCGAGUGUCCCAAUAUCAGACGUGGAUCACGGAACGCGUCACUGGCGACCAGCCGGGCUUCGUCGACUUUGUGCCUGGCACAACCACCACAGGGGGAGCUACGUUGGUGGUCCUUUCCGCACCUUUACUGCUCACUCUGCUGCCGACAAUCUUCACCUCUCUGGUGCUCAUGUGACGAGGACCAUCAACGUCAUGUCAACAGUGGGGGCUACAAACAUUACAUUAGAGGAAGCUAGCUACCGUAAACUCAUUUGAUUGAGUUGUCUAAUGAAGAAUUAAUUUCUUUUUCUCUUUUUCUUUUUUUUGAAAGCUCUUAGGUUUUCUGUUAUUUUUGAUGAAGUGAUCAGAAGCGAACAGUAAAAUAUGCUUCAAUACUUAGCUUUUUAUUGCACUUGGUGAUUUUACAUGACAAAAGGUUUGAAAUGUAAGCAGUCACAAACCUCAGCAUGACAACGUCCUUUUUUGUUUGCCACAGGUUCACCUCAUGUAAAGUUUUGCAUUGAAUUUCAUUUAGACGUGAAGUUGCCAAUUUGAAUGUUGAGCACUGUCAUGAAUGCUGCAAUCUGGGGUCUGAAAGAAACUGUUCUCUUGCACUGUUGUGACAUUUGAAGUUAUGAAUUCGUUUUUUAUGAUUACUCCGCAAUGUCAAAUAAUGUUUGUAUUUUUCUACUUGGGGUUGUUUCUCUUUAAUUAAAUUAUGUUGAUGUCAACAUUAA